AUGGACGCAAACAUGAACAACCUCCUCAAAUGGAGUAUCAAAAACUCCACUAACCAACAAUCCGACGACCCCAAUGCCUCCAAUACUACCACUGAUGCCGCUGCCCGCGGCAUCACUCCAGAGAUGCUCUCCGCUCUCUUCGGCGGCCCCUCCGACGCCGACCUUAUGAAAGCCUCUAUGGAAGCACUACACUCCGAUGAAGUUGACCUCGAGAACAAACUGAUCGCAUUCGACAACUUCGAACAGCUCAUAGAGUCUAUUGAUAACGCAAAUAACCUCGAGCCCCUCGGCCUGUGGACGCCGCUGGUUGAACUCCUUCAGCACGAGGAAGCAGAGAUGAGACGCAUGGCUGCGUGGUGUAUCGGUACCGCCGUCCAAAAUAACGAAAAGGCGCAGGAUAAGCUCAUCGUCUUCAACGCUGUUCCUAAGCUGGUCACCAUGUCGACUACGGAUUCGAACCCCGCUACGCGGAAGAAGGCUGUGUUCGCUCUUUCGUCGGCCGUGCGCAACUACCAGCCCGCUAUGGAUGAGUUGGUAAAGCACCUGCCCGAGGGAUAUCCUCAGGGGGAGAAGGUCGAUGCUGGAGACAUGGAUGCUGUGGAUGCCAUUAUGAAUAGAUUGCGGGCGCACCCCGUUCCUUCGUCUGCUUAA